AGUUUGUUGAAAGUUGCCGUGAGUUCGGGCGCGUCGGAAGCUUGUCCACGAUCGGGGUUUUUGCUGCUGUACCAGCUCCCGGAGAUGGAGCCUGUCAACACUUGGAGUCCGCGCAGAGUUGCGCUAUGGCUACAAGGCCUGGACAGUAAUGUGCAGAAAUAUCCAUUUGACCAGUGGCAAGUGAACGGUGAGCAGCUUCUGCGAUUAUCACAGCAGGGCCUGGAGGAGCUGGGCAUAAAACAAAUUGGACACCAGGAGCUGAUUCUAGAAGCAGUGGAGCUGCUCUGUGCACUGACCUAUGACCUUGAGACAGAGAAUCUGAAGGUUCUAAUGGAGAAGCUCAGGGCGGUCUCUGGAACCCUUCAAUCCUUCAUUAUCAGUCGGAGGAAAGUCACCCCCAGUCCACAGAGAGCGUCUGGAGACCUCCUCAGUUCCGUUAUUGACCUUCUGCAAAUCACCAAAGCUAUUUUCUCCUGGCUGAACAGGUACCCGUUUAUAUGUAUCAUAAAUUACACUGAAAUGAAGAAGGAGAUCAUCAGGCUAUGUGUGGAGCUGACAAAAACUAUCCAUAAGGAAUACAGCCAGACAGAGAAAGAAAACUGGAUACUCAGCGUUUGCAGAGAGCUCUCUAGUUUCUGUGAACGGAUGGUCAUGGAAAGUCCUGAGGAGUUGGUGAAUCAGCGAGCCUGCUUGGAGACUAUUCACUUGCUUACCACUUCGCCAGGACAGAGUCUGGGAAUUGAAAUCAAGUCGAAUAAUGGGCUGCACUUUAUCACGGGAACUGCAGUUAAUUCUCCUGCUCAACGUUCGCAGAAGAUUCGGCCAGGAGAUGAGGUGGUCCAGGUGAAUGAUAUGGUUGUGGUUGGAUGGACUUUGAAGAACCUGGUUGCCAAGCUGCGAGAGAAUCCGAGCCAAGUGGUUCUUGUUAUGAAAAAGCUGCCCCUUGAAAUCUUACCAUCUGUGUGUACUUCAGAGAUAAUACCUCCACACAAACCCCAACAAUCACAGUUACCAGAAAGUCUGUUAGAGGAAGAAGCACCAAGUCCAGAUCCCAGUGUGCUCCCUGAUAAAUGUGUGCAUUAUUCUCAGAGAGAUGAUAAGAUGGAGGUCCAGCAGGUUGCGCAGGAUGACUUCAGUGCUUCUGAAACCAACACACUCCACAUGAAUGAGUUUCAGUCUGUGCAGACUGACUCUGACCCCAAAACCGAGUCUGUGACUGAAGCUGGAGAAGGAGAUUGCUUGCAGCCAGAAAUGACCCACAACGAAGAUGAGCACAUGGAGGUAGCAAGUCAAAUAUCUGAUGAAAAAGGGCAGUUUGUUUCUGAUGACCCACCAGCUCCCCAGUCUCCAGGAAUGACAGAUCUUCAUCGAGUUGAUGAUGGAAUGAAAUACGAUGGCAAGCAAGAAGCAAUGGCGAGAUCACCGUCUGCAGAUGACACAAGAUCAAUCCAAUUACGCAGCAGAAGGAAGAAAAAGGGGGUAGCAACUACACUGAGCCGUAGACGAAUUUCUUGCAAGGACCUUGGUCUGGGCGAAUGCUAUGGCUGGCUUUGGAAAAAGAAGGAGCACACGAGGUUCAUGACCCAGAAAUGGAAGCGCUGCUGGUUUAUCCUGAAGGGUCACACCCUGUACUGGUACAACAGUGAGAAUGAUGAGAAAGCUGAAGGAUUGAUCAAAUUGUCGUCAUACUCUGUGGAGGCAGCUGGAGAACACAAGAGGAAAUUCGUGUUCCAGCUUUGUCACAGGGAGUUCAAGUCCUUCGUGUUUUCAGCGGAGAACGUAGAUGAAAUGAGGAAGUGGAUUAACAGCCUCAUCAGUGCUAAACAGAAAUACAAAACUGAGAAGAAUUUUGUAAACAAAGAGGAAGACUGCUGGAGUGAGACAGAGACCGAAGAGGGUGAUGACUCUCCAGAAGUGCCUUCUGCUUCCAGAUUGAAACCCUACGCUCAGGCUCAGAGGACUAGUGACUUCUCUCCCACUUCGCAACGGUCAGCAGGUAGCAAUGGGCAAAGUGGACGUGGCGGAGAUCCUGCUAGUGGGCCGUCCAGCCCCAGUAAGCAAAGAGUACAGACUUCAGAACCCAUUCAGAGUUCUAAUGAUGAACUGGAGGUGUUAAUAAAAGUCUUGGAACAGGGUGGAGUCUCAAUAAUUGGUAAAGAACAAUCUUUUCGAAAAGAUUAUCAUCAGUCAUUCAUCAGACGAAAUAAGAAUCCAGUGAUCAAUGAGAAAGUGCACAAUUUGCGAGCACUUAAGAGCACACUAAAGGCCAAAAUUGUAGAUUUGCAAUCUAUCAACAAGAUCUUGGAUGAUCCUAAUUUGACAGCAGCAAAAUUCCGACACUGGAAAGAAGAAAACCUGGAGCUGCUUGCAGACAUCCAGAAGGUUCCACGCCUUGCCAAGAAAGGGCGAGAAGCAAAAAGUGAAGAUCUGUCAACUUCUGAAACAGACCUACAACCGGGCCCCACAGAGAAUCCUUUAGCUUGGCUUGAUACAGGUCAGAUAUUAGCAGAAUCUUCAGCUUCCAGUUUACAGGAAGAACUGGAAAACAAAAGAGACAUCUGUUCAGAUAGGACUAUGCAAUUAGGAUCUGGAGAUGCCUGCGAGGAAGAAUUAGAUCCCCCACAGGACUUGGACAUUGACAGGAUCCAAAGAUGCCCGUAAUCAUCCUCAAAAUCUGCAUUCCACUUAUUGAAUCUCCACCUUGAGCUGGGAACUGUUUAUUCAGAAGACAUUGUCUCCAAAUAGUAAAUCUGUUAAACUCAAGAUUCUACCCAUGCACAUCGACAGAAAUAUAAACUGUUUUUAAUAAUAAUUCCUGCAACACAAUUAAUCAAACUGGUUAAACAAUAAUACCACCAAGUGUUUCUGUCACAUAAUUGUUGCAAAGAAUGAAGACAUUUUAGGGACUUAUGAUAGUAUGACAAAAGACAUGUGGACAAUUAUUCUUUUAAUCCUUCCACAUAAACCAAGAUUCAUCACUCUGUCAUUGUUUUUUGAAAAACAUCUUUUCCUACUUAGUGAUUUUAUAUGUGCUGAACAGUUGUGUCCUGAACCGACUAGAAGAAUACUGCCCUUGUGUACACACGGCUGUUUCUGAGUAUCAAGUGUAAUUAUUGACCUGCAUUCAGUCUCUCUGCCUUUUAUCCCAUUCUAUAGGUGUUCUGCACUGAAUCAGAAACCAAAACUCAAUCUUCAGUCCUUGAAUGUCUCAACCCCAUCACCAUUCUCUUUCUCUGGUGAUAUAAGAUGAUCUUAGAUUGUAAACAGUUCGGCCACUGUGUGCCAGUAGUGGGGCAGCAAGUGCCAGGGUGGUGCAUGAGAUGUGAAUGUAGCCAGCAGUUUUGUCCUUGAUGGAAUCAGGCUUUUUAAACAGUUGUUGGAGCUGUAUUCGUUCAAGCAAAUGGACAGCAUUCCACACACUCCUUUCUUGCACCUUGUAGAUGGUGGAAAGACCUUAACUGAGUCACUUGCCUCAGGAUGCUUAGUCUCUGACCUGCUCAUUUGGCAUCAUAUUCAACUGGCCGGACCAGAUGAGUUCCUGGUCAUUGAUGACAAUUAGGACAUCAAUGGUGAAGAACUUGGCAAUGGUUAUGCCACAGCAUGUCAAGACUAGAUGUUUAAUCUUUCUCUGUUGGAGAUGAUCAUUGGCUGAUUCUUCUGUGACAUGAUUUUUGCAUGCGUGUAUGCUUGAAUAUUGUUCAGGUCUUACUGCCUGUGGGCAUGGGCUGCUUCACUGGUUGAGCUGUAAAGGAAAAUGAACCUUGUGCCCUCACUCAUAAACAUCACAAUUUCAGACCUUACAGUGGAAGGAAAGCCAUUGAUGAAGUAGGUCCAGGGUACUGCCCUGAGGAACAGUGUUGAUGCCUGACUUCAACCUUUUGUCCAUCCCUGUUCCAACAAUGUGUGCUUGACAAACAAAGACAUUAUAAGUUAUUGUUUAAGCCUUGCAAUUACUUAGACCCUUAAACAGAAUGUCAGAGGAGACAAUAUCUUGGCAACAUGGAAUGGAAUUGUCAGAUUAUGAUCAAAUUCUGAGGGAGGAAAUUUUCUUACCUGAUCUUGCUCUUAUUGCUUCAUUCCCUUAAAAUUAUGAAUUUAUGUUAUCAACAGAGCUGCCAUUUUGAGAGGAGAUAUGCAAACCCUGGGGAGGGUCCAGAAGGGUUUCACAGGAAUAAUCCUAUGAGGAAUCUUUGCUGUCUUUGUGUUGAAAGUGUUCAGAAGGAUGAGAGGGGAAACCAACCAGAUACUGAAAGGCUAGAUUGAGUGGACAGUGAAAGGGUUAUUUCCAUCAGUAGGAGAGUCUAGCAUCUGAGGGUAUAACCUUGGCAUAAAGUGGCAUCCCUUAAAACUGAGAUGAGGAGGAAUUUCCUCAGCCAGAGGGGAAAAAUCUGUAGAAUUCAUUGCCAUCGAGGACUGUGGAGACCAAGUCAUUAGAUUUAUUUAAAGACAGAGAUCAAUAAGUUUUUGAUUGGCAAGGGCAUUAAAGGUUACAGGGAGAAGGCAGGAGAAUAAGGUCAGAAAAAAAAAUCAGUCAGACUUGAACAGUGGAGCACACUCAAUAGGCUGAAUAGCUUAAUUCCUAUUAUUCUUCUGGCAUUUUCCUUAUCUCCUUAGCAGUUGUCUUAACUGAGCUUUAUUUUUCAUCUAGAUUUUAAAAUAAUAUAUAACCAUAUAACAAACACAGCACGGAAACGGGCCAUCUCAGCCCUCCUAGUCCAUGCCAAACUCUCAAUCUCACCUAGUCCUACCUACCCGCACUCAGCCCAUAACCCUCCACUCCUUUCCUGUCCAUAUACCUAUCCAAUUUUACCUUAAAUGACACAACUGAACUGGCCUCUACUACUUCUACAGGAAGCUCAUUCCACACAGCUAUCACUCUCUGAGUAAAGAAAAACCCCCUCGUGUUUCCCUUAAACUUUUGCCCCCUAACUCUCAAAUCAUGUCCUCUCGUUUGAAUCUCCCCUACUCUCAAUGGAAACAGCCUAUUCACGUCAACUCUAUCUAUCCCUCUCAAAAUUUUAAAUACCUCGAUCAAAUCCCCCCUCAACCUUCUACGCUCCAAUGAAUAGAGACCUAACUUGUUCAACCUUUCUCUGUAACUUGAGUGCUGAAACCCAGGUAACAUCCUAGUAAAUCAUCUCUGCACUCUCUCUAAUUUAUUGAUAUCUUUCCUAUAAUUCGGUGACCAGAACUGUACACAAUAUUCCAAAUUUGGCCUUACCAAUGCCUUGUACAAUUUUAACUUUACAUCUCAACUUCUGUACUCAAUGCUUUGAUUUAUAAAGGCCAGCGUUCCAAAAGCCUUCUUCACCACCCUAUCUACAUGAGACUCCACCUUCAGGGAACUAUGCACUAUUAUUCCUAGAUCUCUCUGUUCCACUGCAUUCCUCAAUGCCCUACCAUUUACCCUGUAUGUUCUAUUUGGAUUAUUCCUGCCAAAAUGUAGAACCUCACACUUCUCAGCAUUAAACACCAUCUGCCAACGUUCAGCCCAUUCUUCUAACCGGCGUAAAUCUCCCUGCAAGCUUUGAAAACCCACCUCAUUAUCCACAACACCUCCUACCUUAGUAUCAUUGGCAUACUUACUAAUCCAAUUUACCACCCCAUCAUCCAGAUCAUUUAUGUAUAUUACAAACAACAUUGGGCCAAAAACAGAUCCCUGAGGCACCCCGCUAGUCACCGGCCUCCAUCCCAAUAAACAGUUAUCCACCACUACUCUCUGGCAUCUCCCAGCUAGCCACUGUUGAAUCCAUUUUAUUACUCCAGCAUUAAUACCUAACGACUGAACCUUCUUAACUAACCUUCCAUGUGGAACUUUGUCAAAGGCCUUGCUGAAGUCCAUAUAGACUACAUCCACUGCCUUACCCUCGUCAACAUUCCUCGUAACUUCUUCAAAAAAAUUCAAUAAGGUUUGUCAAACAUGACCUUCCACGCACAAAUCCAUGCUGGCUACUCCUAAUCAGAUCCUGUCUAUCCAGAUAAUUAUUAAUACUAUCUCUAAGAAUACUUUCCAUUAAUUUACCCACCACUGAUGUCAAACUGACAGGUCUAUAAUUGCUAGGCUUACUUCUAGAACCCUUUUUAAACAAUGGAACCACAUGUGCAAUACGCCAAUCCUCCGGCACAAUCCCCGUUUCAAUAUGAUUGAUAUUGACUGAGUUUGGGACAUUCCUUUAAUAUCUAUUGACAAAUAAAUAUUUGCUCAUGCAGCUUACCUGUGUAGUAUACCCAAAUCAAAUGUUCAUAGGUUUUACAAUAAUCAAAUGCCAUUUUCCUAACACAUACUGCUUAAGAGUCUAAGAUGGGCAAUGGCUCAAAACUGUUUUUAAAAAAAAAAUUUUGUUCACCAAUCUCAGAAAAAAUGUUGCUAACUUUUUUUUCCUCUUUUGUUAAUACUGCUGAAGCUUCAGAUCACGCAUGAGCAAUUAUUAGAUAAAUUAGAUCAGCUGUAAAACCCCCAAUUGAUUUGUGUUUUGGAAAAAUAACUUUGUAUUUCAGAAUUGGUAUUUGAUGUUUUUAUCUCUGGAUGUCUCAGAGUUUAAGUGUCAAGCUUUCAGACACUGAGGUUUCCUCCUUGAUGCAAGGUUGUGACUAUGUAACUAAACCAUUAUCUUUGAAUAUUCACUACAAUGACCAGUCUGCACAUGUCGUUUGAGUAUCUGCAGGUUAUCUGACAAGAGAAAAUUGUAACCAAACCUGCUCCUAUAUUUACUGGUACUUCUAGGACAGAUCUGAAUUGUAAUUAAAAGCAGAACUCUGCAGUUUUCCUCCCUCAAUCCAAGGUUGCCAAAGCCAACAAAAACAUUGGAAUACUACAGUAUCUGAGACUGACCAACAGCUCAGUUUGGAGACCAAACCCAGAUUGUUUUUGAUCUACAUGACUGUUUUGGAGAUCACUUCUCAGCUGCUCCUGUUUUCUUUAGCCUUCGUAAUAGCUGCACUUGAUUUCCAGAUCUUAAAAAUGUGGAUUGUUCCAUCCCAAUAAAUUUUUAAUUGAAUUUUUUUUUAGUAUAACAUCCUUAUAACAACCAUAAAGGGAAAAGUCUGCUUAAUUUGUUGCUCAGGUAACUGGUAUCAGGAUUGCAAAAGAAUCGAACUGAAGGCAAAGUAAAAUAAUCUGAGUUAAGUUUAUAAUUUGAUCACUUGACUAGCACCAAGUAGGAAAAUAUUGAAUAGUAGAAGGCCAUCACAGUUUUGAUGGAGAAAUAAAGAGCUGUGUGCUGGGAGCAGAAGUUCUAGAACAGGGUACGGCAUAGAAUUUGUAUUUGAAAAUGAUAAUAUGAAAAGGCUGAAUUGUUAUCAUAUAGUGAUUUGAAGAGGAGAGAAUGAUUUCUGGUGUACAUCACACAGAGGAUCAAGGUGCAAGGGACAUGGAGUUUGCAGUUAGCUGAGACUUGUGAAAAGUAGUGGAGAGAGUAUAUACAGGAAGUUAAUUAUUGAAGUUGAAAUGUUACUUUCAAGUGACAUGGUGUUAAAUAGAUAUGUGUAGGAGUCAGAAAAUGAUUUGUAAUGUACUGGAAGUACAGAUUUCAGCUCAGAUUCAGACAGGACAAUAAAAUUCUGAGUCAUACACGAGUAAGGCAGGAAAAUAGAUGGGGCUAAAGAAUGCAGAAUCUAUCAAUGAACCCAAGGCUUAUUUGUGAGAAAUAAAUACACAGCAUUGUUUGAAAAAAAUGAUGGAGAGAUUCAUUUGGCUCUGACUCAGACAGCUCUCAGUAAAUAUUAGACCCUAUAGUAUUCUGGAUCCACUUAAUAGUGUUCAUAUUCUCAUGGAAGUUUACACUGAACAUAUCCACCAUCCUUAAGGAAACAUGAAGUGCUGAUACACCUGUACAUCUUGCUCUUGCUGCCACUGUGUGAUUUGUAAGUUUUUUUUAUGCAGGAAGUGGGAGGGUUGGGGUUUGAUGUUCUUGCAGUUCGCCAGUUUGUUUUUCUGCAUGCGGGGUUUGGGGGUAGGGUCAAUGCUCUUGUUCUCGUUGCAUGUAAAUUUGGAGCGAUUUGCACAUUUUUUUGUGUGGGGAGAGGGGUUUGAAUGACUUCCAUGGUGUUUCUUGGUUUCGUGACUAUCUGGAGAAGACGAAUCUGAGUUGUAUACUGCAUACAUACUUUGAUAAUAAAUGAACCUUGGAAACUUUUUUUUGAACUUGGAUCUUUACUGGUUCAUUACUACCAGAGUCUGGUUUGUGAACCUAAAUGGCGUAUUCAUAAGAGAUGGGGGAAUCUAAGCAAUUUUGCUUCUCAUCUGGUAGAUUCAAAGUUCCAAGUACAUUUAUUAUCAAAGCAUGAAUGCAAUAUACAACCCCGAAAUCCAUCUUCCCCACAGACACUCAUAAAACAAAGAACCAUGCAACCUAUCCGUUCAAAGAAAGUUAUCAAAUCCCCCCCCCAACUCCCCACACGCAAAAAAAUCAUGCAAACGGCAACAAAAUACAAGAUUGAAAACAGAAUAUAAAACACAAAAGGCAUACUUCAGUGUAUUUCAGUUCAAUUCAGCUCAGCUCAGUGUUCAUUAUCCACAGGCUGCCCAAUUCUAAAAUUGCCCAAAACUAGUAACAAAAAAAGAACAACCAGAACUCAAUGAUAAAAACCCUAAGGACACCAGACAUAAUGGUACAAGCAAUUUCUGGAUACUCUCUAGUUAUAACAGGAUAGACAAAAAUGCAGUAUCACCAAACUAGACGGUGGAGAAUCAUUGGAGGAGAACAUUGCAGCCAAUAGCUUUAGAUAAUCAAAGGACAAGUAAGGAGAUAUUUGACCAUUUUCAAUAUCACACAAUAAUGUUUGCUAAGAUUCCUUUCCAACAGUAGAAAUAAGAUUGGAGGGUCUGCUUCAACAAGAAAGGACUAUAGCUUGUAAGAAAGGUCAGAUCAUUUUUUAUUAAUUCAAUAAAGGAGAUAAAAUCUCAAAAAAUAUCAGAUAAUGUGAGGAAUGGGAAAGGAAGUUGCAUCCUCAGCAUUUCAGUGGAAAUGUUGCUAAGGAAAUAGGAAAUGAGUCUCUGAGGGUAGGAAGGUAGUUGGUAGAAAACCUAAAGGAAGGCAUGUUUGAACCUUUGAAUUUUGAUUAAAUGCUCUAGGAAAGCAAGGGGAAGGGACCACUGGUUGAUUUGGAUCUUGAGAGUUCAUGAUGCUCCUGAGAGUGAACGGUAUAUGGGAGAGGAUAGGUUGCAGUGGAUUAAAGAAGACGAGGUUUCUCAGUCUCUCGGUCUGCUGGGCAGAUGAGAGCAGGGCUUAUAAAAAUGACAGGGCAGGCACUUCUUUUUAGCUGAUUCUAAUACAGCUAUUUAUGUCAAAUAUAAUUGUUUUGAUUUGAAUGGUGCUACUAGUUAAUGAUAAAAUUGUCAUUUGCAAACAUUGCAUCCUUUACAGAAACUGACACCCCUGCUGAUUCAAUAUAAUGCUGCUGGGCCAGGAGCUGUGACGUCUUCACCUGAUUAUUCCAUGUGAACUGCAGCAAUACUGGUGUUGGGGUGAGGGCUGAGACCACUCGGCAUUGUGAUGUUGGGUUCAGGACUGCAUUCUGGCUGCGACUAUUGAUGACCCAUUGUUGGGAACUGGCAACAACUGGCCCAUUUAUUCACAGAUUUCUUGAAAUCUGUAUCUCUGUCAAAACCUCCAGUUAAAUUUAACAGAAUUUACUGUCUCCUCUCUUUUUGGCCUUGGCAGCUAAUGGACAGAGAGAAGGACAGUUAACUCAAAACAACAACAAGUAUGUUGAAUUGAAAUAAUUUAAAAUACCAAGAACGAAAAGAAAUUGCUCAAUGAAGAGGCUGGGAAAAAUAUUUAUGGUGUGUCUAAGCCUCUGAUAGUCUUGAUAGACCAUGGAUUUGCACCUUGGGAAGUUUCCAGGGCACAAGCCUGGGCAGGUUUCUUUUAAUGGAAGCUGCCCAAGCUGCAAGUCUCCUCUCUCCACGCCACCGAUGUUGUCCAAGGGAAAGGCAUUAGGACCCAUACAGCUUAGCACCGGUGUUGUUGCAGAGCAAUGUGUGGUUAAGAGCCUUGCUCAAGGACACACACACAGCCUCAGCCAAGGCUCGAACUAGCAACCUUCAGAUCACUAGAUGAACACCUGAGCCAUGCGCCAACACAAUUUAUGGUAUAUGUUUGGUCAAAAGAGAAAAGUAAUGCUUUCUUUGGUAUGUAUGAUCUAGGUGUUUUGCUUGUUUAAUUUUAGAGUAUUAAAAAAGAAAUAACCCUGCAGAUUGACAUAAAAAACACAAAAUGCUUGCAGAACUCAACAGGCCAGACCACAUCUAUGGGAAGAGGUAGUGACGACGUUUUGGGCCGAAACCCUUCAUUUUGUGUUUUUUAUUUAUCUCCAGCAUCUGCAGAUUCACUCGUGUUGCCUGCAGAUUGACAUCUUGGAGCUGCAAAAUGUUACUUGACCCAACGUGUAAAAUUCAACCAUGGAAUCAGACUAUGGCUUGAAAUGAAGAACCAAUAAUUUUUUUCCAUCCACAGCUGACUAUUAAGACUAUGUGAUUCUUUUCCUGCUUCUGCACUUUAGACCUGUUCAGUUAUAAAAUAAUCUUCCCCGGGACAACUGAGGAUCACGAUGAAGAUUAUUAAAGGAACUGAUCUAAAAUGCAGAAGCAGGAAAGGAAUGACAUGGACUUGAUAGUCAGAGGAAUCCAGGAAUUAAACUCAGAAAAGAUCAUCAAAUGGAACAUAGAACAGAAACAGGCCCUUUGGUCUGCAACGUUGCUGAACCAAAUAAAUUGGUAACAAAAUGACUAACUAAUCUCUUCUGCCAACACAGUGUCCAUACCCUUCUCUUACCGAUUUAAGAUGGCACUGCCAAAGAUUUGCGACAGCUUACUGGUAAAUCAUAAGGCAAGAGAUUCAACCAAAGGCAUUAGUUAUAGCAUCUUUCAUGAAGCAAAUUGUGGUGAACUAUUGCCGCAGGCAGAGGCAAGGCUGGUUCAGGCGAUGAGCUGUGCUGGGGCAUUGUGAAACGCAACGUGUUUGAGCUACAGAGAUGGAGUGAGCGAAUUAGAGGAGUUGAUGCGGAAGAGUUUCGAUGCCCGUCCAUCUAACCCAGGUGCAAGGUUGGAUCGCUCCAAGCACUGAGCCGACUUGAUGAGAUUGAAAAUAACUUUGGGUGGGGCGGCCCAGGUGUAUCAAGGCACCUGGAUCUGGGUCUUGGAACAUGGCGUAAGUUAAACACCAGCACAGAUAGACUGAAACCUCAAGUGCUGGGUACAGAGGCAAGGGUCGAGCUGAUUUCACUCACUCCACCGCGAAUGUUUGUUCCUUUCUCCGCAGCACUGAGCUGUGAACUGAUCGGUUGCUGUGCGUUGGUGCCCUGCUGUUGUUUGACUGAGGUUUGACUUGGGCCUACUCCAGCUGCUUCAGGAACAGAUCUGGUUCAGGAUACUGUUGCCUUGCUUCUAUCGUUUGCACAUUGUGUGAUUUUCUUUUCCUCUCUUUCGCUGCUCAGUGGUUUUUAGUUAUUCGAGUUUCUAGCUUUGGGGUUGCCCUAAGCAGACAAAUUUCAAGGUGUAUAAUUUAUACAUUUUUUUAUUAAUAAAUGUGCUUUGAAUCUU